CGACCGUCCUACUUUCUCUGCCUCUUCUACAGAUUGAGUAGGGAAUGUUCAUGUGAGGUUGUGUCUCCUUAUUUCUUUAAACCAAAAAAAAUUAUAAAAUACUAAAAACCCAAAAAAAGUGACAAAAAUUUAAAAAUCUACAAAAAAAUAGCAAAAACAAGAAAACGCAACAGGAAAUAGUGAAACGCGAGUGAGGUUUGUUUACGUGUCCUGCAACGUGGGUUUAAGCAAGCUGGAACCGUUUUGGAGGAUUUUCGACGGCCUAUGAAGGAAUUUCUGCUCUUUUAAAAUUCGUUUUUCAAGUUCGGAAGUGUUAUUGACGACUUCAAGGCAAGAUGAAUCCGAGCGGCCAAAAUUAUCAAAUGGCCUCGCUGUAUGUCGGGGACUUGCACCCCGACGUUACGGAGGCUGCGCUGUUUGAGAAGUUUUCUACUGCUGGCCCCGUGCUUUCCAUCCGUGUCUGUCGUGACAUGAUCACCCGUCGCUCCCUGGGCUACGCCUAUGUCAACUUCCAACAACCUGCUGACGCUGAACGAGCCCUGGACACCAUGAACUUUGACGUUUUGAAAGGAAGGCCUAUUCGCAUCAUGUGGUCUCAGCGUGAUCCAUCUCUCCGCAAGUCUGGAGUAGGGAACGUCUUCAUCAAAAAUCUGGACAAGAGCAUUGACAACAAGGCUAUGUACGAUACGUUCUCUGCUUUUGGAAACAUCCUGAGUUGUCGUGUUGCUCAAGAUGAAACUGGUGCUUCCAAGGGCUAUGGAUUCGUUCACUUUGAGACUGAAGAAGCCGCUAAUAAAUCUAUUGACAAGGUCAACGGCAUGUUGUUGAACGGAAAGAAGGUCUUCGUUGGCAAGUUCAUCCCCCGCAAGGAGCGCGAAAAGGAAUUGGGCGAGAGGGCCAAGCUGUACACCAACGUGUACAUCAAGAACUUCCCUGAUGACUUCUCUGAGGAAGCUUUGAGAGACAUGUUUGAGAAGUAUGGUAGUAUUACUAGCCACAGGGUCAUGAGCAGGGAAGAUGGUAAAUCUCGUGGAUUUGGAUUUGUUGCUUUUGAUGAUCCUGAGAGUGCUGAAAGGGCUGUUGAAGAGUUGAAUGGAAAAGACAUGGAUGGCAAGGUGCCUUUGUUUGUGGGCCGAGCUCAGAAGAAAAUGGAGAGGCAGAUGGAGUUGAAACGCAAGUUUGAACAACUGAAGAUUGAAAGGCUGAACCGUUACCAGGGUGUGAACUUGUAUGUGAAGAAUUUGGAUGAUACUAUUGAUGAUGAUCGCCUCCGUAAAGAGUUCACUCCUUUCGGUACCAUCACCAGUGCCAAGGUCAUGAUGGAGGAGGGUCGCUCCAAGGGCUUCGGUUUCGUCUGCUUCUCUUCCCCUGAGGAAGCAACCAAGGCUGUUACUGAGAUGAACGGUCGUAUCUUGGUGACCAAACCCCUGUACGUUGCUCUUGCCCAGAGGAAGGAAGACCGCAAGGCUCACUUGGCGUCUCAGUACAUGCAGCGUGUUGCCAACAUGCGCAUCCAGCAGAUGGGCCAGCAAAUCUUCCAGCCCGGCAGCGCCGGCGGCUACUUCGUGCCAACUAUUCCCCAGCCCCAGCGUUUCUACGGCCCUGCUCAGAUGCCAAUGCGCCCUCAGCCUCGCUGGACCACCCAGCCUCAAGUCCGCCCUGCUGCCCAAGCCCAACAAGGAGCCUUCCCCAACAUGCCCGGCCCCUACCGCGGAGCCCCCCGACCCCCAAGCGCCCAGCCCGGACCCAACAUGCGCAACGCCAUGUCCGCCCGCCCCAUCACGAACCAGCAAGCCAACGUGGCCGGCAUGGCCCAGGGAGCGCGCGGACCCAUGGGGGCUGCUCCCGCUGGCGUUCCCCAGGGCGCCCAACAACCCCCUGCCCAGGCAGCCCAGGCCGCUCAGCGCCAGGGCCAGUUCAAGUACACCGCCAACGUGCGUAACCCGCCCCAGCCCGGCAUGGGCCCUCAGCAAGCUGGCGCCCAGCAGGCCGUGCACAUCCAGGGCCAGGAGCCUCUGACCGCCACCAUGUUGGCCGUGGCUAACGCAGACGACCAGAAGCAGAUGCUUGGAGAACGCUUAUUCCCUCUCAUUCAGCGCAUGUACCCUGACCUGGCUGGCAAAAUCACUGGAAUGUUGCUGGAAAUCGAUAACUCAGAACUUCUUCACAUGUUGGAGCACCACGAAUCCCUGAAGGCCAAGGUGGAAGAAGCAGUCGCUGUGCUGCAGGCUCACCAGGCAAAGCAGGCUAUCAAGAAAGAUUAAGAAAAGUAACAUAAAAAUGGCAUAGAAAAAAGGAAAAAAAAAAUGUUGAUCUACAACCCUACUUGGCAAUCCACAUCUCAGUUUUGGUUUCUGCACAUCCUUUUUUUUUUUAUAUUUUUCAUUUAAUGGUUUGAUGACAUCAUGUGGUCCUUUUUUCUGAGGUUUUGUUAAAUUGAAGAUGUAUCUGUGUGUGUUUCUUGUAAGAAUGUGUGUGAUUGUCUUAUGUGAGUGGUGUCUUUUUUGUUGGCAGUUUAUCUUUGGAGUAUGUAUUGAUGGUGUGAGUGUAGUAUGUACGCAUUUUGCAAUGCACAAAUGAAAUGGUGUGGAAAUCAAUUCCCACCAAUGAAAAAUGCACUUCAACAUGUCUUCUUCCCAAACUUUGUGUAGAGGCUCUCAAAUCAAAAAGCUUGUGUGCGUUAUGUUUUUCUUUUGUUUUGGAGAUAUUCUCCGUCAAUGUUUUGUGGAACCCAGACGUUUUGGUAUCUUAGGAGAGGCAGAAUUGAAUUAUUGUUGAAAGAGAGGACCUUCCGCAAGAUAUGUGGCGAUUCUCGGCAUAAUGCAUAAAGGAUUUUUUAAUGUGUAUUGCUAAUAAAUGACUUUCAUGGAAA